AUGGCCUUCAUUUCCUCUUCCAGCUGGCUGUACGUCUCCAUUCUUUUAGUUUUUAUCUUCCUCGAUUAUUCUCUGCUGGGGGCCAUCAAUAUGGUGAUAAACGCGGGUGUUUUUCGACUAUCAUCAUGGUUUCCCUUUCUCUCUGUGCUUGCGACGCAGCAUUCAGAGGCAGUUGAUGUGUCAUGGCACCCUCCCAAAUCCACGGCGAUCAAUAAUGUUGAUAGCCUGAUGAACAUGACUGGUGUUUAUGGCUUCAUUUUCAACUCUUCCAAGACCCAAGAUGCCCAGUACGGGAUAUACAAUUUGUGCAAUAUGCCUCAUGUCCGCAAGACAGAGUAUGAAAUACCUUCGAAGGAGUACAAGCUCCAAUAUGUUGAAGUGAUGCACAGACAUCACAAGCGGACUAUUUAUGCCGCCAAUUCCUUUCCUGUAGAAUCGUAUGACUGGCAUUGCAACGAUGAAAGCUUAUUCCACUUCGGCCAGCCCGUGUAUGGCCAUUCCAGCGCCCAGACGUACUGGGACGUGUUUGAGAACUCAAUAAACCCCUUCAGAGCCUUCGGUUUUAAAGGCACCUGCACGUUCCCGCAGAUCACCAAAGAAGGUCUCGGCGACUCGUGGCAGCAUGGCCGUGACAUCUACGGCGUGUAUCACGACCUACUUCAUUUCCUUCCUACACAGCUCGAUCUUGAAAGAUUAUCGUUUCGAGUGACUAGCAAUGUCAUCACUAGCCAAGUAGCCAGCAUGGUCAUAAACGGCAUGUACAACUCCGAACAUGCCGUUCCACUCGCGGUCGAAUCCCCAUCCAUCGACUCUCUUGAACCCAAAUACCUCUGCCCCCGCUCUAGCAACCUCUUCUCAGCCGCUAGAAUCACCCCAAACACUACCUGGUCCAAACACCUGACUCUCUCCGCACCCCUUCUCGCCCACCUAGACAGCAUCUCCGGCGUCUCCCCCGACGCACGAGACUGGCACCAGGACGUCGACCACUACUUCGACAACCUCUCUGCACGUCUCUGUCACUCCAAGCCACUCCCCUGCUCGCUCUCGGACAGCAGCAAAUGCAUAUCCCAGACAGACGCGGACACCAUCUUCCGCCUCGGCGAGUUUGAGUACUCGUACAUCUACCGUGACGCGCCGACUUCACUGGCGGCGAGUGCGGGUAGUAUGGGUGUUUUCAUCGCGGAGCUGGCGCAGCAUAUUCGCGACCAGAUUGCGGGGAACGAUGGGGGGAGGAUUUACAGACACAAUGUUGCGCAUGAUGGGAGUUUGUCACGGGUUUUGUCGGUUUUGCAGGUUGAUGUUAUGGUUUGGCCUGGGAUGGGGGCGGAGGUGGUUUUUGAGCUUUAUCGGAAACUGGAAGCGGAGGGAGAAGGUUCUCGCAAUGCUACUACCCAAGGGGGUGGGAAUUGUGGGAUUGGAAGCUAUUUUGUCCGUGUGCUUUUUGGGGGACGGGUUUUGACGAGCUCGAGUCCCGAGUUGGGUGUAUUGGAUAUGGUCCCUGCUGGGAAGUUGUUGGGGUAUUUUGAUGAAUUGGUUGGAGAGAGGGCUGGGAAGGUUAAGGGGCUGUGCGAAGAGAAAAAUUAA